AAUUUAGUUGGGUCAUUGAAAUUGGAGUAUGCUUUAAUGUUUCACAUGCUCAAGGAACAAAAUCUUACACUGAAUUUCAUUAUUGUCUGUACAUUAAACAAAUAUUUCAUUUUGAAAGGCCUUGGUGUGAAUCAAACCUAUAACUUCCCAAUUAAAUUAGACGUUGAGUGCUCUACAACUGGAGCUACAGAGCAAACUGACUCUCUCACAUCAACAUUGCAUAUAUGGCAUCACAGCCAUGACUUUCAUGCCCAGUUUCCUGGACCCAUCAUUAGAGAGGUUAGCUACACAUAUUUAAAGUGGGUAUAAAGACUGCCGAGUCGUAUCCAGUGAUCCUGGGCCUAUCGUAAAAUGAAAGCUUUGAAUAUGUUAUAGCCUUUAAAA